GCAAUGUUCUCUCUCCUAGUCACCAGUGUAGGGCGGAGAGAAGGACAACGUGCAGCAGAUUGCUCUCACUCAUCUCUCUGGCUGCAGACAAGACGUCAGUGAGGGAGGUAGAGUAGUGCUCCCUUGUCUCCUCUCCACCACCAGGUACCUACCUUAGUAGCAGCCUGCCUUCCUCCCGCUCUCUAUUAUGCUGAUCAUGGAUGAGCUGAGGGAGAUGGAUUGCAGCGUACUGAAACGGCUACUAAAAAGAGACGGCAUACCCAACCGGAGCUCUACGGAGAGCGGCCACAAGCAGCAUGCCAGCCCCAACAGCCAUAGUAAUAACACGAGCGGAGGAGGCGGCGGCGGCAGUGUGGGUGUCGGAGGCACUUGCCUGCUUCUGGACUGUAGACCUUUCUUGGCGCACAGUGCAGGCUUCAUCCAGGGAUCGGUGAACGUGCGGUGUAACACCAUAGUCCGGAGAAGGGCCAAGGGCUCUGUGAGCCUAGAGCAGAUCCUACCGGCGGGGAGUAAGGACGAGGAGGAGGUACUGACCCGGCUCCGCUCAGGACUAUACUCUGCUAUCAUUGUGUAUGAUGAGAGGAGCCCCAGAGCCGAGUGCCUGCGGGAAGACAGCACGGUGUCACUGGUGGUGCAGGCUCUGCGCAAGGACAACGACACCACUGACAUCUGUCUACUCAAAGGAGGUUAUGAAAGAUUUCACUCGGAGUACCCAGAAUUCUGUGCAAAGACAAGAUCUAUAAACAGUAUUUCCCUGCCUGCCAGCUUAGAGCCUACUGAAACCGGUUACAGUUCCUGUACAACACCACUUCAUGAUCAGGGUGGUCCAGUGGACAUCCUUCCCUUCCUUUACCUCGGUAGUGCUUAUCAUGCUGCCCGAAGAGACAUGUUGGAUGCCUUAGGUAUCACAGCCUUGCUGAACGUAUCUUCCGACUGUCCAAACCAUUUUGAAGGUCAUUUCCAGUAUAAAUGUAUUCCAGUGGAAGACAACCAUAAAGCUGACAUUAGCUCCUGGUUUAUGGAGGCAAUAGAAUAUAUUGACUCCAUCAAGGAUCAUCACGGACGUGUGCUGGUGCAUUGCCAAGCUGGCAUUUCCCGAUCUGCUACCAUAUGCUUGGCCUACUUGAUGAUGAAGAAAAGGGUGAAAUUGGAAGAGGCUUUUGAAUUUGUCAAGCAACGCAGGAGUAUAAUCUCUCCCAACUUCAGUUUCAUGGGACAACUGCUACAAUUUGAAACACAGGUCUUGACCACUACCUGUGCGACAGAGGCUGCCAGUCCCUCUGCCACACUUUUAGAAUGCAGUAAGGCUUCCUCUUCACCCACAUCUCCUUUUGUCUUCAGCUUUCCUGUGUCAGUAGCAGCUCCAAACAGCCUCCCUUUUCUUCACAGUCCCAUCACGACUUCUCCCAGUUGCUAGAAGUGAAUGGAAUAUGACGAGCAAACUGACUGGCUUUGGCCACUUUAGGCCCAAAAGACCUUUUAUAUAGAAAGAAAAACUUACACUGCAGAAAAUGUAAAUCCUGAAAUAGGUGGAACCCCACAAGCAAUAAUAAUUUAGCAGUUUUCCAUCUUUAAAGCCAUCUGAGGUGUAGUUGUCGCUUUUUAUUUCAACAUUUGAUUUUGACUUUUAUUAUAAAUAUUUAUAUAUAUAUAUAAACAUGGAUAUUUCAUGUUUUUAACUUGUAUUUAUAACUUUUUACGUUUCUUUUUUCUUCUUAACAGAGUGGCUUAAGGGCAGCUUUUUUGUCUUUAAAGCAAAAACAUUUUGGGAAUUUUGUAUUUUAUUUUCCCAAAGUGCCUAUUUUUAUUUAUAUGUUCCUCCAAUUUCAAUCUGGUAUUGUAUUUUAAAUUAUUUUGUAUUCUGUCCUCCAAAGUAUCAAAAUGCAAUAAGGGAAAAGCAACAUUUCUGGAACAUCAAGGUUACUAGAUAUUGUAAUCGAGAGCACAACUGAAUAUUAUCAAUGGCCAUCGUUUCUGAAGCUCAACUUGCGGUGUUCUGUAUGCGUUUCUCUAGUAUUUCAUACCUAUGAUACAAGAUGGAUUUUAAAUGUUCUUGGCAUAAGCUAGCCUGUUAGUAGGCAUUUUUUUUUUUUAGAGUCUGGAAAAUGACACUGGAUAUGUUAUACUCAUAUAAUAAGCUUUUAGUAGGCAGACAUACAUUCUAUUUAAUGCUUUAGACAGUGGUUCCUGUUUGGAUUACUGUUGAUUCCAUCCUGUUCAUACCCACAUUAUGUAUUUGUAUGGUUGUGGAUGCCAGUCUGCUGCAUCGUUUGCAACUAAUUAGUGCUGUGUGUAGUUUCAUUAACCAUGGGCAUUGCACACCUUAGCAAUGCUGUCAGUAUUCCGCUAACCUGAGUGAUGUCUUUUUGUUCUAAAAACACAUUGGGUAUAUGAUGCAAAAGGUAGCAUAUACAUUUUACCAGAGUAUUUUCAUCAGUGUUGGGCUUUGUAAUCUGACCUAUAUCUGAUCUAUAAAGAAAUGGGCAGUUUAAGUUCCCUUUCAUGAUCUUCUCAUACAGUAACAUUUUAAUGCCUUCAUAUGAGCUGCCUUUUUGAUGUCUACUGCUUUUAAACCAUGCACAUACAUUAUUAGUCAAGAUCCUUUCUAAAAAUUUGGUUAGAGGUAUCGGAAAAGAAGAGGGCUAAACAGUAGUUUGAGUCAUCUAAAGAUAUUCAAAUUUUUCACAAUUUUGAGUUUGUGGAUCUAUAUUUUCUAAAAGGCCUAGGUGUCUAGUGACAGGUCACUGAAAUCUCAAUGCAUCCUAUCUGCAGGAUAAUUCAGUUCUGUACUUUGACACUUGGUGGUAGGCAUCACGUAUUUCCAGAAACAUGUAUGCAUUAGAAAAAGAGAAUGAUUUAGUGUAAUGUUAAGACUUGAUAUAUUACUAAAACCUAUAAAAUAUACCUAAAACAUAGGUGUAAUAAGAUUAGACCAAGUUUUUUAGAAUUUGUUAUAAAAAAAUUUGAUUAAGUUAAAUUGUUUAGGAGCAUUUCCACAUUGCAGAUCGGAUUUUGCGGUCAAACCUAACGAUCUAGAUUGUAAUCUACAUGACCAGCUUAGCAAAAAUCUGAAUAUGGCCCUUGUCCAUACACUCUCAUAUCAAAGGACACUUAUUUUGUUUCCUAUUGAUAAAGAAUACAGAAGAAAAACUCUACGCCCAGCUUGUUUUUGUGAUGAAUUCCUUUUAUGGUAGUUC